ACAGAUCACCCACCAAUUACCCACUGUCUGCAGAAGCCGCCUCAUAAACUGAGUUUCCCUCAAACUCUCACACACUCUCACACCAAUAGAGAGAGAGAGAAGAGUAGUAACUUUUCUUGGCAUAGAGAGAAAGAGAAAGAGAAAGAGAAAGAGAGAGAGAUGGAGAAAGGGGACAAAAGGGUUCAGCUUUUUGAGGGUGAAAGUGAGAUCUUUUAAGCGCACAUCCAUUUAGCAAAGAGGCAGAGUCUUAAACCACCAAGUGUGAAAAGAGAGAGAGAGAGAAAGAAAAACACACAGAGAAACACAAGGAAGAAAAAAAAGAAAGAAAGAAAAGAAAAAAAGACUUAAUGUGCACGCCAUUUAUGGUGAGAAAGAAAGAUAGAGAGAAGAAAAUGAAGUUCCAAAGCUAACAACAACACAACCUCUCCAAAUUAGGGCUUUUAUUCUCUCACUCUUUCACUUCACUUCACUCUCCAAACUCGCACAGUGUUUGAGACAUGUUGGACUACGAAUGGGGAAACCCGUCUUCAAUAAUGCUAACCGGAAACGAGGAGACCGCCGCCGGGGCUUCCGACCAGACGCACCGUCAAAUCUUCGACCACUACGCGUCGCACUCGCUCAUCCCCGACCACUUUCUGCACGCGCCAACUCACUCCGCCGUCACCACCGCCGCGGCCGCCACCGUCGAGUUCACCAACCACCACCACCACUUCAACCCGCAGUCGCACCACCACCAAGUCAACAACCACCACCACCACCACCCGUUCUUCGACCCACGCGCCUUCCACGGCACGUCCUCCGCCUCCUACCCCCCACCCCCUUCCAUGCUCUCGCUUGACCCGCUGCCCCACGUCAACGCCGCCAACUGCGGCCCUGGGCCCGGCCCCGGCCCGGGCGGACUCCUCCUCGUUCCCAAGUCCGAGGACGUGGGCCGGCCCAUGGACUUUGUCGGCUCACGAAUUGGCCUGAAUCUCGGUGGCCGGACGUAUUUCUCCUCCUCCGAGGACGAUUUCGUGAGCCGUCUCUACCGUCGGUCCCGGCCGGCGGAAUCCGGUUCGGCGGCUUCCUCCAACUCCCCGCGCUGCCAGGCCGAGGGAUGCAAUGCUGAUCUGUCUCAGGCCAAGCACUACCACCGCCGCCACAAGGUGUGCGAGUUCCACUCCAAAGCCGCCACCGUCAUCGCCGCCGGGUUGACUCAGCGAUUCUGCCAGCAAUGCAGCAGGUUGUGGUGGUGGCGCUUGUCUCUUCCCUCACCGUCGGAAAAUUAACAUCAAUCAUUGAUAUUGAGUUCGCCUCUCCCAGGGGCACUUCCGUCUUUUCGCUACCCCUCGCGUAGCAAUUUUAUUUCACUUUGCAACACAACACACCGAACCAACCACGGCUUUAACUUAGUUCAAAUUAAAUUUUCAUUAUUUAA